AGCGAGGGAGACAGUCUGAUCUUUCAAAAGCAGCAGUUAUUCAAGGAACAUGCCAAGAUAUGUGCCCUGAAAAGGAACGUUACCAAAGGGAGUCCAGACAUCAAGUAGCUUUGUAUGAAUACCUAACAGAUGCAAAUAAGGAGGUGGUUAUGGAUCAUGCACUUGCAGUGAAACAGUAUUCCAGAAGUUCUGCUGAUCAGGAAGAACCCCUUCCACAUGAGUUAAGACCUCCCCCUAUCCUCCGUAUGACAAUGGAUUAUCUUUUAGCAAAAGUCAUGGAUUGUGAUGAUAAAGAAGAAAACUUGGGUGACUGGUACCAUUUCUUAUGGGAUCGCACUCGAGGGAUAAGAAAGGACAUAACACAACAAGAAUUGUGUGAUAUGGAUGCUGUAAGCUUAGUUGAGCAGUGUGCACGUUUCCAUAUCCACUGUUCUGAGAGGCUUGUGGCAGAAGAUACAAGUGUGUUUGAUAACAAGAUCAACUCAGAAAAUCUGACAAAAUGUUUGCAGACUUUGAAAUACAUGUAUCACGACAUGUCCUUGAAAGGGAUUGCUUGUCCAAAUGAAGCAGAAUUUAGAGGCUACAUCAUACUACUAAAUUUGAACGACGCAAAUUUUUUGUGGGAACUCAAAGAACUAAGUGCAGAAAUAAUCAAUUCUGAACCAGUAAGAUUUGCUGUUGAGGUGUCUCUUGCUUUGAGCAUGGAUAAUUAUGUUCGAUUCUUUAAGCUAGUAAGGUACACAACAUACCUAAAUGCCUGUAUCUUGCUGCGGUAUUUCUAUCAGGUCCGUUCCAAGGCUCUUUUCUCAAUUCUGAAGUCACAUUGUUCCAGGAGCAAGCAGUCUGUUUUAGCAAUGUGUGAUCUUACAAGAUGGCUUGCUUUUGAGAACAUGAGGGAUGCUGCAGUGUUCUGUGAUCAUUAUGGGUUGGGAGUGAAUUCUACCAACACUGAAGUUAUACUGUGCAAAGAUUCGCUUCACAAUCCUUCUCAUCAGUUACCUGUGGGUCGUGCUAUGUUGCUUAUUGAAAUGAAGAGAACUUGUUCAGUGGGAGAGGUAGUGAACGGUGCGCCUCUGACAUCACACACGUUUGAAAAUUACAAACCACACUGCAGCUUCAAUAUCCAUGGUUUUGUUAACGAGAAGACUCUUGAUGCUCUAAAUGAGAUAGUUAAUGUAGAAACAUUGAAGUGUUCACAACAGAGGGAUGCACAGGAGUGUGAUGUAUCUGAUGAUGUUGCAAAAAUGAAUGAACUGGAGAGAAUUCGCCAUCAAGAGCAAGCUAUAGAGGAAGCUGAAACAUGGAAGUCAAAUCAAAUGAUGGAAGACAUGUUAUCUGAAAUUAUUCAAGAAGAGUUUCAGGUCUUCAAUGACAGAUUGACAAAUUAUGGCCUUCUGGAAUUGGAUGAAAUUAUAUCAGAUGUGACAUACAAUUUGACAAGGGAAAUUUGUGAAGGUGUGGUUACUGUAGAGAAGGAAAUUGCAAGGAAAAAGGCAGAAGAAAUUUUGAAGAAGGAAGAGGAGGAGCGUCAGAAGCUCAUAGAUAUCAAUGCUGCAGAGGUUUUGGAGGAAUUUCUGUCAGACUUAGUGACCGGACUUAUUAAAGACAUUUGUAAGGAAGAAGAAGACAUUUUUCAUGAGUCAUGUUUACAACAUAUGGUCAGUAUCUUGAAUGAAGUAACUAUGGAGGAUUGCAAAAAUAUGGUGAAGAAUGUUAUCAGAGAGGAGCGUUUGGAGCUACUGUUACAGAAACAACAAGUAUCUGAUGUCAGGAAAUAUUUCAAUAUUUGGAGGAAUUCUGUAAGAAGAAUUAAACUGUACAAGAAAUGUAUGGUGGAGUUUCCUGCUUGGAUAUCAACUCUGACACUGAAGGAACAAAUUGCACAUUUAGAGAAGCCGCAGGUCAUUGGUAAAACUGUUGCAGAAUUCGCUCUUCCUGCGCGUGCUGCGGAAGCUGUGCCGAAAAUACCCGUGUUUGAUAUUGUGUCAUGUGGGCUUUAUGUCAAUCCAAAGAGACCUUACUCAGCAGAAAGGUACUUCAAAAUGGUGAUAUCAAUACCUGAUGAAACAGAGUCUCCAACUUAUGGACAGUUUGUCAGAACAUAUACAGAGAGUGCAUUUUCAACAACUAAGGAUUCAUAUGCAGUUAACCCGUGUGAACCUCUUCUACUGGAAAGGAAACUGCUGUUUACAGCCUCAAGGUUGGCAGUCAGUGUGAGAUGCCUUGUUGGUCCGGAUAUGAUUGAGGGUGGAAUCCCUAAUCCUGAUGCCGUGGCUGGAACAAAUGGUCUUAUUUUCUUGAUUUGCCAUGAUUCUGUAUCUGUAGAACAUACUAAGAGAAGAUUGCAUGAAGUAUUGAAGACAAAGUGUCACUAUGGUGGGAUUCCUGUAGCGUUCCUUAUCACAGAUUAUUUGGAUGAACAGCAAGUGAAAGUUGGUCUGAAUAUGGAACCAUUGAUAAAUGAAACUGGAAUUCGUAUUUGUGAAAUUUUUCAUCGUAAACCAAAAUGUCAAAGUGGGUUUGAAGAUAUGUUCUACAAAGGCAUUUUUUGGCUUGCUCAAAAUGUUGUUGAAGUGUAUUUGCCUUACUGCACAACUGCAGAGAAUGUGAUGCUCAAAUACUUGUCAGACGCACUUUGGGAGAAAUUUGAAUUUCAUGAAAAUACCACUGAUGAAGUUGCAGGAAUGGAAAUGGACCUAGAAUUAGUGAUACAUAUUCACAAUCGGGCAUGCUGUGAAUUGCUGAAAAUUUUAACGGAAGAAACCUUAAAUAAGUGUACAAUUGGAGCACCAGAAUUUGUGCAAUAUGUUCCUUCAUUUAAGAUGAAUGGAUGUUCUUCAACCAGACAGUAUGAAAUUAUGCCACGUUAUUUUGGAUCACCAGAGUAUAAAGACUCUAUAGUUAAGCUUUUGAAAAGUGCACAAUUUAAACCCAUUGCUAAAUGGGCACCAAAGACUUCAGAAGAAUUGUACAGUUUGAUAAUGGAAUAUUGUCUUCAGAGCAGCAUACCUGAUGAAGGCUUCAAUGAAGUUCACAUGUUAAUUGAUGUUUGCCUUCAUAAGCUGAACACAGAAGAUUGUAACUGUAACUUGAGUGUUACUGCCAUGCGCUCUAUUCCAUGGAUUGCAAUAUUUAAGGUGCUGUUAAAAUACAAAUUGAGGCAAUUGGAUUUUAGAGAUCACCUGUCUCAAGAGGAAGGAGAACGUAAAAUAAUGGUGGCAGUGAACCGUGAAAAAAUAUCCAGAUUCAUAGAAAAUCAGUGGUUGUAUUACUUAUAUAUCAUAAAAGAGAAAGGAAUGUUUUAUCAUCCCACUGAGGAACAGACUGCAGCGUAUGAUGUUGCAAGAGAUGGGAAAGCAGGCCUCUGUAUGAAAAGGAAGUCUGCCCAAGAUGGUGAUGUUAAGAAAAAAUGGCCCAAGCAGCUUGUCUUCAUGAAUGCUGAAAAUGUCAACACUGCACUCCAGAAGUUGUCUGGGUGGUUAGAUGAAUGUUACAGUAAGCAACAGGAACUGGAACAGAAGCUGAAAAUUGCCCUCCUUGAUGAUGGAAACUUAGUGGCACCUGAAGACUCAGUAUUGUAGUUUUUCUUUUUCACAUUUUAAAUUAUGUACAUUUCAGUCAUGUUUAAUUUUUAAGACGUGAAAUCAUAGGAAGCAUCUCUUACAGGCUUCUGUAGUUGGGUUCUCCAUUGGGCCAUGUAGUUAUAUGCCCCAUAUUAGGGUACCAGUGCUGCCCUCUCCAGACACCUGUCAUAGGCUUACCAUAUUUUCAUGCAACCAAACAGGGACACUGAUUUUAGGAGGCCAACUUCUUAUCCCCUUGCAUAUGCAGGUAUCACAAUGAUGUGUUUUUAGCAGAAUAAACAAAUAUGAGACUGCAUCAAACAGCAUUUUUAUUUGAAGUCAUUUUGCAGUACAAAAAAGUUAUUCAGUUAUUUGGAAACCAUAUUGUCACGUAUAGGGGGGUACACGUGAUGAAAUGAUGGGUUCUAGUUCGGAUG